AUGGUGGACAUCAUACAACGCCCCGGAGAUACCAUCUUCGUGCCUUCGGGCUGGUGGCAUGCCACGCUCAACUUGCCGGAGAGCUCCGAGGAUGUGACGGUGGCUUGCACGCGGAACAUUUUUCCAGCGGAGACGCUGGACUUUGUUUUCCCGGAGAUGAAAAAGAGCGACCCGGCUUUUGCCCGUGCGUUUCUGGAGAUUCUCCAGGAGAAGCGGCCAGAGCUCAUGAGGUUCCUACCGGCAGCCUCGGAGACGAGCAAGCCCGAGCUGGUGGGAGAGGACCCGUCUUGGCAGCUUCCACGACGUCACUUCAGCUCCUUGAGCUUGGCGGAGUGUCGGCGGCGCUUCAUCCGCCCCAAGCAGCCCUUGAUCAUCGAGGGCUUAGAUCCCUACUUGGUGUCACCUGAGACCUGCCAUCUCUCUCGAGACUUUCUCAGCCGGCACUUCGGAGAGAAGAUGGUGGCCGUGUUCCGGAACUUCCGAGACCCCAAGCAGCGGGAUGCCGAGGAUGAGAUGGAGGUGAUGCGCUUGUCACAGGCCCUCUCACAGCUUCAGCGCGGAGGGUGUGAGGGCUUGUACCUGUACGACGUGUCCCUUCCGCUCAAGCUCCCGGGGCUCUUGGAAUACCUAAAGCUUCCUCGUUACUUCACCCAUUGCUACCUGCAGCAGACCAUGAGGCCGCAUUGCUUCAGCAAGAGUUGGCCGACGCUCUUCAUUGGAUCGGCUGGAUCACAGGCCAGACUCCAUGUGGAUCAAUGGCACAGCCACUUCUGGAUGCACUUGAUCUCCGGCCGAAAGCGUUGGAGCAUUUGGCAUCCAGAGGACACCCACCUGCUCUGUCCAGAGGUUUUGCCGGGCAAAGUCUUCCCGCGAUUUCCUGACCUGAGUGAUCUAGAGGCCGGCAAAAAUGGGGCGGAUGGUUUCCACCAAGCACGACGGAUUGACGUGAUCUUGGAUUGA